AUGAGGUGUGGAACCCUCUCAUGGAGACGUGGGACCCUCGAGGUGUGGAACCCUCUCAUGGAGAUGUGGGACCCUCGAGGUGUGGAACCCUCUCAUGGAGAUGUGGGACCCUCGAGGUGUGGAACCCUCUCAUGGAGAUGUGGGACCCUCGAGGUGUGGAACCUUCUCAUGGAGACGUGGUACCCUCUUGAGGUGUGGAACCCUCUGCAGAUGUGUGACCCUCAUGAGGCGAGGAACACAGAGGGUAACAGUCAGUGUGUGGACUCACUUCUGUCUCAUGGAGCAGAUCCAAACCAUCAAGCGGUCCACCUGGGUUCUCCUCUCUAUGUGAGCUGUGUUCACCAGCACACAGCCUGCUCAAAGGUUCUGUUAGCUCGAGGAGCCUGUGUUAAUGUGGGCCAAGGGGACGACAGCCCUUUGCAUGCGGCUGUCAGGCAGGACAGUGCACGUCAGGUCUCCCUGUUACUCAACUACGGCGCUGACGUCAACCUCAGAGACGAGAAUGCUCAGCGGCCCAUGGAUUUGGCACGUCCAGGUGAAAGGAUUCAGCAGCUGCUAGCUGCGUUUCAAGUUUCACCCAGAAGUCUGUGCCACUUGUGUCGUCUUCAGAUUAGAACUGUGAUUGGGCGAGACAGACUGAAGCUGCUGCCUCUCCUCCCUCUGCCCUCUGUUCUCACACAGUAUUUACAGCAAAUGCAGGACGACGACUGGCCCACAUGCAGCGCAACACUGAUGUGAUUCCAUCUGUUCACAAGAUUCAUCCCACAGAACCAGAGCAAACGAGUCUCGUUCAUGUACAGUACGUGCUUAAAGGAUUAACGAGGAAGACACCGUUUACCAGAAGGGAAUAACAACAUCCAACCUGAGUGCUGAGUCACACAUAUUACCUGUUCAGUAGAUCAAUAACGUUAAAAAAAAAAAAAGAACUCUCA